CGACCACCGCGACUGCCUUGCGCCGACUUCUCGCUCGACUCGCUUCACUCCUUCCUCGCAGUAACAAUAACAAAAGGCAUCACCAGCAAGCUGUUGGACGGAGCUUCGGACGAAAGGAAGGGACAAGUGUUGAAGAUGUCGCUUCGCAUAGCCACCAAACGGCUCAGCAAAGAACUCAACGAGAUUAACAGCUCAGGUCCACCUGCCGGCACAACACUGCUUUCCGCAGAAGACCUGCGCGAGUGGCGCUUUACCCUCUCGGUCCUAGGCACAGACACCGUCUACGCAGGCGAGACGUUUGCCCUCCGCUUCCGAUUUCCAGACAACUAUCCGCUCGAGUCGCCCGAGGUCGUCUUUGUCACCAACGACGGCUGGACGGCACCAGAGCACCCGCACAUCUACAGCAACGGGCACUGCUGCGUCAGCAUCCUAGCCAAUGAGUGGAGUCCCGUGCUCAACGUUUGCAGCGUGCUCUUGACGCUGCAGAGCAUGCUGGCCAGCUGCAAGAAAAAGGAGCGGCCAAAGGACAACGAACGGUACGUCAAGCAUGCACCCAUCAGUCCCAAGGACACCCGGUGGCACUUUCACGAUGACUCGGUGUAACAAAGGAGGCGGGGCAGGCACAUCGACCAAGGAAGCAUGCAUCGCAUCAUGUAGAAACGCUCUCGUUGGCUUCUAAACCGGUCGUACGGCGAUACUGGCCAUCUUCUUUUCAUCACUGAUGAGUCUGACCAGUCAUUCUUGUAUCAUUAAUCUACACGUUUCCCUCGUUUUCUCCCUUGUUCUUUCUCAUUUGCUAUCUAACUCUAGAGCAGUGCUCUAAUCGUCCUCUGCUUCCUUCACCUUGUCCAUGCCACCCGCGUAUAGAGCAAACGAGCAUACGUUUCGUCGAAUUAAUCCAGCUCCUUCCUCUCAGCUACGCCGU